AUGGUUGGAGAGAUACACCCUACACUCAGCAUUUUUCAUGAAAGGUUGCAACCCAACCCAUCACUCGCCUAUCGCUGGAUUGCCGUUCGAGCAACAAAAGCAAAACCUUGUCCCUUGCCUGGCGCUGGCCUACUGCUCGAAUGGGUGGGCAGGCAUAUCCAGCAAGGACAAAUGACUAGGUUCAUGGACGAAAUGAUUAGCCACGAAAGGGAGCCGACUCUUGGGGAGACCACUCUGGAGGAUUUCUUGGUGAAAGCAGGGCUUUAUGUGGCUGAUUCUUCUCUUGGACCUGCCAUGGGGUUGGACAACACAUUAGCUCCACAGAGUUUCACGCCUCAAAUGGGUCUGUCCCCGUCUCCUUCGAUUGAUACAUUAUCGGAUACACCAAUCCCUGGCCGGAAGAGGUACUCUGGGGACUUUGAUAGGACCCUUGAGAGAAGGCUAAGGAGAAAGAUUAAAAAUAGGGAAUCUGCUGCCCGGUCCCGGGCAAGAAAACAGGCUUACCACAACGAGUUGGUGAGCAAGGUUUCCUGUCUCGAAGAGCUAAACACGAAGCUCAAGAAAGAGAAGGAAUGGGAGAAAACGAUGUCUUGCAAUUUCGACCAACCAAGAUAUCAGCUUCGAAGAACAAGUUCAUUCUGACAUUAAGCUGUGAAAAUUUUGUUGCUCAGCUGAGCUUAGGAUUGUACUCAUGGGUCUACUGGAGGAGUCUGUUAGAAUAUUGAAAUGUAGAGUUGCUUCUGCUCUUGCUUUUGUUUAUGAUGCUAAUGCUGCUUAAUUUGCAGUCUCUAUGUAUAUUAUCAUCUUAAUCUUGUUAGAACUUACUGCUUGUACAUAUUCGAGUUAGCGUUCGGAGAACUCGCCGAGUUGAAUGUUGUGGCGUAUGAUGGUCAGUAUUCUUUAGUUAGGUAAUGACAGAUGGACCAGGCAUCGCUCUUUUAGUGCCAAUAUGGAAAAUCCCUGGCUGAUCUAUACAUGUUAUGAUGUGUUGCAGACUUGCAAA